GACGGCUAGCAACUAUCAUAUUCGGGCAUAGGAAGGAAUUCCAUUAUUUCCCCAGUGGUAACACAGAUUUCAGAGGCACGUGCUUUGGAAUAUUUUAAAGCUGCUUUAAAGGGACCGUGUUUUCAAAGGAUUAAGGAGACACAUGAAAUAAUCUCUCCCUUUCUCUGCCAUCACACUAUGGACUCUGUUCCUCACCAUGCCUUCUCAUAAGACCUUCAGGAUUAAGCGAGUGCUGGCCAAGAAGCAGAAGCAGAAUCGUCCCAGCCCUGAGUGGAUCUGGAUGAAAACUGGUAAUACGAUCAGGUACAAUUCCAAAAGGAGGAAUUGGAGAAGAACAAAGCUGGGCCUAUAAGGCAUGACCCAGGAGGAGGCUCACAUGUACGUGGAACCAAGACCACCAGCCACGUCACACUGAACUGUGACAACACUACUAUUCAGACAUGGUAUACAAGAAAUGGCAUUUCCCUGCCUGUGUGCUUCAGCACUAGUGGCCUGACUAUGUAAUAAAUAUGUGAGAUAUGGGGA